GCUCCAAGCAAUAGAUUAGAUAUAAAUCCACGUCAGCAUCUUCCACCGUGGAUUGGCAGUCCUCUGUUCUGUCUCUGAGUGUCAUACUUGCGAGGGAUCGUCAUCACCAGAUUAAGCACAAUUUUGUCAGCCUUAUCAACGAAGCAAAUGCACACCGUGAGCAGAGGUUUCUUUCCAAGCCGUGUCACAAGGUCUGUGAAAGUCGGCGCUCUCGGCGUUGACCUACAACAUGCAUGGAUCUGCAUUCGAUCGGAAGCAGUAGUCAACGGUCAACGGCGACCGUUGACCAACAUCAUCGACGUGGAAGAUCAAGCGGACGCUCAGCGGAAGCUGGGACAGAAACAAUUCCAACAUCAGUUAUAUCUCCAGCAGUCUGAGAGCUUUCCACAAAUUGAUUGGCUCCGUCAACGUCGUGGGAGGACCCGGAGGGGGGAGGGUCUGGGAGAGAAGAGCCUCAGGGUGGUCGAUGCAUGUCUCUUACAAGAAGAAGCAUCAGCCGCGAGGGCGCAACUGGUGGCAGAUGCCCGGUCAAAGCAGCGGGCAGGCAGUCAACCAGCUGAUGUGGACUUUGACUUUUGGUGUGGAAAUCUCUUCCCGCGCUCGUCAGCGGCCGCUUCUGCUUCAUUGGACUUCCAGUCGACUGGACAAGGACGGUCCAUCGACAUGACAAUGAUGAGGGUGCUGAGGAUGAUAAGGAUGGGAAGCAUGGGGCGGAGCCACGUGGGGACGAGCCACGUCGGCGGCAUCGGGCAGCAGAUCGGGAUGAAGUGUAGUACCGGUCGUAGCCAAGCAGGAGCAGCAGCAGCCACGCGGUCGUGGAAAGUUGACGACAACGGUUAUCACCUUGACCUCUUCGCCGGCGAUCGGAACACCGGUCGUAGCCAAGCAGGAGGAGCAGCAACCACGCGGUCGUGGAGCGUUGACGUCAACGGUUAUCACCUUGACCUUUUCGCCGGCGAUGGGUCGGUUCCGAAAUUUUCAUCGACGAACAGGAUUUGGAGCGAUUCGAAGAAGAAGAGGGUGAUCAGUGGAGGGGGAAAUCGACGGAGCUGCAGCGAUGGCGGCAAGGUGACCGCCGUCUGCGGGGACUCGGAUGGUGGCCACGUGUCAAGGACAAGGGCAGGGACGAGUGCAGGCCUCUGCAGCGGUGGUGUUCCAGCUGGACCGUCGCGUUGGCUGUCGGAACCGAUACGAUACUGCUCGUCGAGAGGUUGGCAUAGUUUCACUGUAACAGUUCCUAGGUUUUGGUCACAAGAAUCACAACGGUCACAACCGACUGUCGGUUUGAUGACGGAGCAGAAGGACAGCACGGGUGACCCCAGGGCAGACGGGGUAAGCGUUGUCGGAGACGAAGGCCCUGGGGUGAAUCGUACAGGGAAGGGUGAUAGCGAUGGUGGCAGUGAGCGUGUGCGGCGCUCAGCCGGUGUCGAUGGCGAUGGCGAUGGCGAUGGAGGAGAGGUUGGAGAGCCAUUAGGAGGUGGUCGUAUCGAAGACUCUGAAGUCAAUAAGUCAACGGACGGCGGGUCGGGUUUGGAAACAACAGCAGCAAACCAAACCGACACGUCUUCUUCUUCUUCUUCUUCUUCUUCUUCUUCUUCUUCUACUUCUUCGAAGUCGUCAGCUGCUGCUCAUUCUCGUCGUUCUCUUCCUCCUCUAUCUUCUCCUCUUCCUUCUCCUCCUCCUCCUCCUCCUGCAGCUGCUGCUGCUGCUGCUGUUUCUCUCCCUUAUCCUCCCUCUCCGCCUCCUCUUCCCUCUUCUUCUCCUUCUGCUCCUCUUUCUCCCUCUCCUCCUCCUCCGCCGCCGCCUCGCGUUCAAACUGACGCAGCAGCUCCCAACCUCCCGCCUGUCGCCAAGUCUCCAGCCGGGCCCCUUACCGAGCCUGUCGAUCAGCCUGCAGCCUCCCCUGCAAUCCGCCCUCAGGUUGGAAUCCCGCCUGCGGACCAGCCCGCGCGGCAGCCGGUGGUGUCGAGCAUCGACCAUCAGAAGGCCACCGGGGAUGCCGAGUACAUGUUUGGAGCAGAGAGAGAUGGGCGCACGGUUGGUGCGCGUGACGGAGAAGCAGCUGGAGGAGGAGGAGGAGGAGGAGGAGAAGAGAGAUCUGAUGUCCCUGCCACGUCAACCGUGUGGUUGAUGGGUAGCAGGGUAGUGAUUACAUGUCCGGACAGAACGACGAAUUGUCGAUACUCCGUCGUUGAAUACCAAGUGCCACCUGGGCGCGCCUGGGGAGUCCAGAGCCAUACCAGGGAGGAUAUCGGAUGGUACCUGUUGGAAGGAGAGAUGACGUGGCGCGUAGGAGAGAGGGAUUUCUCUCGAGUGAGGCCCGGAAGGUUCGUCCAUCUUCCACGUGGAGUGCCGCACGGUUUCCUUAACGAGUCGAGGGAGCUCGCUCGUCUGCUGGCAAUCUUUGUCCCUGGAGGAUACGAGAGUUACUUCCUACAGGUGGGCACUCCUACCAGCCAAUUACGAAAACAGGCUUUGGAUCAUCAUAGGAUAGCUCAAGCGAAAGCGAAUGGGAGAGGAGGAGGAGGAGGAGGAGAAGGAGAAGGAGGAGGAGGAGGAGGAGGAGAAGGAGACUGGGAAGGAGGAGAUUUAGAGCUGCAGGGGGAUUUUAGCGAAGAUGUGAAGUCGUUAGAAUUCCCUCGACACGUGGAGGAUGCAGAAGUCGAUGCAGCGCGUAUGGCUGCCGAGAGAUUCGGUAUCGUUUUCCCACAGGAAGCUUGGUGAACGAUUCCACGGCGAUCACCCACUGGCAGCUUCAUUACGUUUUCUUACUUCUAUCUUUUUGUUCCCCAUCU